GCACUGACUGGGUAUUGUACAUUUUUUCCAACAUUAUGCAAAGUCAUAUCGAGUGUUUCCCAUGAUGAAUUUGACGCGAUGGGAUCCAACGCUGGUGUCUUUCUUCAUCAAAAAUGGCUGACAAGAAAACUACGAUGGAAGCAAAUUUUGUUCCAGUCAUUGGCAGCAGAGAACUGGAAGGAGAGACGGCCAAAGGAAGAAUUGGCUCUGGGGGUGACCAGUGAGAUAUACCUGCUGGAGCGCAUGCUACGGUCCCCACAGAUGCUGAUGAGAGUCCAGAACUGGAAUAUGCUGACAUCAAUAUUCUAAAGAAGAUGGAGAAACACAGGGAGGUUCCAGAGGAUGUGGAGUAUGGACACGUUGUAGUAUUGAAGGGUUCCAGACCAACCACAGAGAGAGACAGACCUGAGGGGCGGGAGGAGACUGUGUAUGCUGGAAUACAGCUUGACCAAUGAGAGAGAUUCUUGUGAAGGGUUGAUAUUUAGACAUAACAUUAAAGCUCUGUUGCUUCUUUUGUUACUGUAACUAUUAGUAUCUAACGUUCCCAUAUUUCUGUACAUAUUUUCAUAAAAUGUAAAUGAACAACUAACCUGUAUACACUUGCCGUAGUGUGUCCUUCUGUUAUUGAUUUAAUAUGUUUUUGUUACGUUUGCUUCCAACUCACACUCUCAAACACGUAGAUCCCCUGAACGCAGCUCACUCUCCAAAUCCCAAUCACCUGAAUUUUGAUCACCUUUUCACACACCUGUAUGUCAUCUACACACACUAUGUUGUUCAGUUCUUGCACCACAUCACUAUGAGGUAUUGUUUGUUUUGUGACACACGUCUUUCAGAGUGCUGGUUUUCCCAGUGAUUUACUUCUCCCGUGUAUGAUAGUGAUGAUAGUGUUUGCCUGUCUCACUAACGACGCCGGAACUGUCUAUCUCCAGCUGGUGACUGAUGCCACGAGGUAUGAUGAUCUCUCAUUUUAUAAAGGCUCAACUGGUGCUAAAACAGAGAUACUGAAAAUGAAGAAGGACAAAUGGGUAAUAAAAUACACCCCCAUUGAAGACAGAGUACACUUCUUUAUAAACAAUGGGACAUUCAGGUUAAAUAACACAAGAAGGAAUGAUUCUGGUGAAUACCUGCUCGGAAAAUAUGUUUCAGAAGGGAAAUCAUCAGGGACCAGAGGACUACAACUGUUCAUCGAAGCUCCAGUGUCCAGUCCUCAGCUGUCCUCUGAGUGUCUGUCCCAUGGAGAGAUGAGGGUUUCCUGCUCCUCUGAGGGGGAUGGUCCCCAGUACAGCUGGACUCUGGAUGGACAGACGCUGAACGACACUGAUGCCUCUUUUGAUAACGAGACAAACACCAUCACUCUGAAGAAAGGCCUGUCAGGAAAUCUCACCUGUACCGUCAGAAACUACAUCAGCAGUGAUUCUAUCAGCAAGAGAAUCUCACCUUGUCCAGGAGUCAGUGUGUUUGUUUAUUUCCAACUCGCUGAAGUCUUCAUUCUUCUGACAGUCUGUCUGGGAUCCUACUGUUUCUACAAGAAGGAAACCUGUCAUCAGCAGAGUGUAUGCAGUCUCAGGUGGAUCAUGGUGGGACUCAGAUGAGGGUGUUAAUGUCCUGAGAGGUGCUAUGGAGACCAACUAGGCUGUGAGAUUACAUGAUGAUGAUUUAAUAUUGGCAAUCAUUGAAAAUAUUUGUUUUCGCUCUUUAAUAAAAGGUUUAAUUAGGCUUUUAUUAUCAUUUAGAAUUUAUACUGAGCUUAUAGUACAGUGUAUUGCAUUGCAGUGUUUUGUUUUAUGUUGCUUGUGACAUACAGUAACCUAAAUGUAUGAUAUUGGGAAGACUUGUUAAAUGGUGAAAGGUAACAAAAUGCUUUCCUUCUUAACUUUAUUAUGCUUUAAUAUAGCGUAUUUGUGUGAUGUUGAAUUCAUAGAAAUACAAGCAAGCAACUUUUAAAACAUUCUGAACCUCAUUUUCUAUGAACUAUUACUUUAAAAAAAUCCUGGACAUUAUUUUUCAGAAUCUACCAUUUUUGAAACAUUCUGGACAUAAUUUCUCAUUAUUUACUACUUUUAAAACAUUCUGGACCUCAUUUUAAUAACUUGCCAAAUAAUUAUAAAUUACAAAUGGUAACUUUCACAAGCUCUACAUAUUGCUCUGGCUGAACUACACAUAUGUGACUGCUUAAUAAUCAAAAUAAUGAGAAAUGCAUUUUAUGUGUAACCAUGGAGUCAUUUUUAUUUUCAUAGUCUACUGUAGUUGGUACAUAGAGUCAUAACCACAUCCAUCAACAUUAAAUCAUCUGUUGGUUAUUUGAAAAACAGUCAUUGUGUGUCAUUUUCAUGAUCUACUUUUUGUUUAAAGCACAACAAACUAAGUGACAAUGUGCAGGUUUUUCUGACUUUUCUAUGGGUCCACUGAAAGAAAUGUUAUCACACAGACUGUAGCACUUCCCUUCAUGAAGAGCCAAUGUUGAGGUGUAGUCAGUCAAACAUCACAAUGUCAUAGACCACAUCUCACGUCACCAGAUCUGUCUCCUACUUCCUAGAAUGAUGGGCGAUGAGUUAGUCACCGGGAAUGCAUUUCAAUUAACAGGAGUCCCUUGUUAAAAGUUAAUUUGUGGAUUCUUUACCCUUCUUAAUGCGUUUGAGCCAAUCAAUUGUGAUGUGACAAUGUCACGCCUUGGUCUUAGUAUUUUGUGUUUUCUUUCUUUAUUUGGUCAGGCCAGGGUGUGACAUGGGUUUAUUUUGUGGUGUGUUUUUUUUGUGGCUGAGUAGGGUUGUCUAGGAAAGUCUAUGGUUGCCUUGAGGCGGUUCUUAAUCAGAGGCAGGUGAUUAUCGUUGUCUCUGAUUGGGAACCAUAUUUAGGCAGCCAUAUUCUUUGAGUGUUUUGUGGGUGAUUGUUCCUGUCUUUGUGUUUGCACCAGAUAGGGCUGUAUAGGUUUUCACGUUCCGUUUGUUGUUUUGUAGAUUUUAGUUAUUUCAUGUAUCGUUUAUUUUCCAUUAAAGAACAUGAGUAACCACCA